CUUUCGACACUGUCCAAUCGGAUGCAUAAUUCGGAAGAUUCAACUUAUCGUUGAUGCAUCUGAGUUUAUUAAUUUCUACGUUUCUACCUUUCUACGUUUUAAUGUUACUGGUUUGUUUACUCGAAGGUCAAUCCACGCAGAGUUGGCCAAAAACUGCUUUCUCUCUGAGUAUAAUCGAUGUAGAAGAGUAAGUAAAGAUAUCCCUUCAGCAUUCUAUACCUGAUGACCUUCGAAAGGAAGAGAAAAGUUCGGGAGAUAGAAGAAAAGGGGUGAACGAAGAACACUUUUUUUCCCGUAUUCCAUCACUUUCGAUUGCGAGAUUUUGCAGAGAUGAAGUCGUCGUCGAACUUUCUGUUGACCGGCGUUUUCAUCGUCUGCGUUUUUGUUCUUGCCACCAAUGGCGAGGGAAUACAACAAGACCAAAAAGUCGAUAAUGAAACGGAAGAAGUUAUUCAGAAAUGGGAAGAAAAUUUUAAAAGUAUUCGUAAGCUGACGAGCACUGCCAUCAAAAUGGCAAUGCCUUAUUUUAUAGAUUCUGUUACAUCGGGCGAAUUUACAUUGUCAACACCCUGUCGACAUUCUCUGUUUCAAUGGAUAGCUGAUUUAAGGGCGAUGAAACCAUAUGCUUUUAGAAUGGCCGAUGCGUCUGCCAAGACAGUUGACGGUGUCCUCACUGGGACAUUGUCAUCUUAUGGGUCGUAUGAUCAGUGCGUUGAUACAGUUGUACCAAACAAAGAUAUUCGUGGGAAAUAUUGUACAAUUACAGCAUGGCCUCCUCUACCACCAAAACCAAGAUUCUAUUCUGUAAAUAAACGUCUGGAAGCAUUCAAAAUAUUUGAAAAUGACACUGGAAUGCCCGGUGAAGUUACAAAUCAUUUGCAAUUGUUUUACAACUUCCCCUUCAGAAUUGGUAUAUGUGUGCCAUCAUCUUGUUCGAGGGAAGAUAUUUACAAUGUAACGCAAAUGGUGUUAAAAAAAACGUUUCCUGCAAAUGUGACUGUUCCAAGAUGUGAGACGAAAGAGGAACUAGUUUUUGAAUAUUACCAGAUACCUAUACUGUGUGUCAUAGGAAUUUUGGUUAUACUUGUUAUUUACGGGACAUGUGUUGAGCAUUCAGUGCAAAAGAAACAAGCUGAACUUCAAAAUGAAAAACUUGAGCUGACUUACGGAAAAAAAUUCGCAAUUAGUUUCUCCAUAAUUAAUAACUGGAAACUUCUAAUGGACGUGAAUGCUGGGGAAGAUCAACUGAGCGUUCUUCACGGCAUUCGAUUCUUCUCCAUGCUUUGGAUUAUUUUUGGACAUACAUACUUCCAUUUAAAUUUUAAUGUUCUAAAAUAUUUACAAAUUACUAUCGAACUCACUAGUCAAUUCAUUUUUAACUCAAUCACAAAUGCCUCUUUCCUGGUAGACAACUUUUUUUUCCUCAGUGGUCUUCUCGGAGUUUAUGUAUCCAUGGAUAUUUCAAAUAAGACAGGGAAAAUACCCAAUGCAUUUUACUUCAUAAUUCACAGACUUUGGAGGUUUAUGCCGAUACAGAUGUUUUUCGUUGGUGUAAGUACAUUGCUCCCAUUAAUGGGAGAUGGUCCUUUGUGGCAUGAAAACAUGGAUCCUGUAAUUGAUGGAUGUAAGAAAGACUGGUGGGCAAAUUUUUUAUUCAUCAACAAUUUAUACAGAAGCUCUCCAAGAGGGUGUCUUUCAUAUUCAUGGUUUUUGGCUGCUGACUUUCAAGUUUAUGUACUAACUAUUCCAAUAGUUUUACUCAUAAUGAGAAAACCAAAAAUUGGAUUGAUUGUCAAUCUAGUUGUCAUGGUAUUAUCAAUCUUUGCUGUAGGUAUUCACAACUAUAUAAGAGAUUUACCACCAACCAUGCUUUUCACUCGAGCCGAUGUUGAACAAAGAGAUGCAUUAAUGCUCGAAGCUUAUUACCCACCUUGGCCACAUCUUGGUCCCUUUUGUGUCGGUGUCUACGUUGGCUACUAUCUUCGAAUGAAAAAAUCACCCAAAAAUAUGCAUUGGUCUUUGAAAACUCUUGCUUGGUUAGCGGCGUUUACCUGUACGUCUGCAUCACUGUUUGGCGUACAUCCAUGGAACACUCAUGGUCCAGGUACUGGGAAGGUAGCCACCGUUUUGUACGCAUCAUUAAGCAGAAUGUCAUGGACUGUUGGCUUAGCUUGGAUUACUAUAGCCUGUAGUACUGGCUGUGGAGGAUUUUUGGCUUCUAUUCUUCGAUGGAAACCCCUCAUUCCCUUUAGCAGGUUAACAUUCAUGGUGUACAUGAUUCAUCCAUUAGUGCAAUAUGUGUUUUAUGCAACAUUGAGAGAUGGAAUUCAAGCUAGAAAUUGUUUAGCAAUUUUCAUAUACUUUGGUUUCACAGUAUCCAGUUACGUCAUGGCAUUUUUCACUUGCUUCUUAGUGGAAGCUCCCUUUGUGAACGUUGGAAAAGUUUUCUUCCAAAUUGAAGAAGAUCUGCGGAAAAACAAAAUCACUCUAAAGUCACUACUUUUCGGUGCACCUAAAAACGAACUUCCCACGGCGCCAACUGUGUACACCAAUGGCUGGACAAAUGACUUUAAAUCUGGACAGUCAGUGCAAAAUGGCAAUGGAUUGGCUAAAAUAGAUAUAGACCCUGAAUGGUUGUCCAAAAGUGCGAAAUCACAGCAACACAAGAACUUCCAACAUCAUGGACGUGAUUUUGUUAGUCGCCUUUAGCAUUUUUUAGAAAACUAACAAAUUUUUUUUCCACAUGAAUUUUCUUCCGAAAGUUUGUGUCAUUACCUCAGUUGGAUUUUUAACUAAACAAGGGAAAUAUUCUCAAAAUGAAAGAAAUUCUAAUCGCAAAUAAGGUUUGAGGACUGGUAACUCUACAUUAUGAUCCAAACCAAAGAUUAUUAAAGCGAUGUUGACGAAACUGCUGUGAUGCAGUGUAAAGAGCAACAGUUGCUCAAAUUUGUUCUUGAAUGUGUAUUUGUAUUGUAUAUUUUAUUUAGUAAAAUGUUAUAAAA